AGUCUCUGCUAUCCUCACUUCGUGCUGGUGGACUCCUUGCUGCUCUCAUCUGUAUUAAGACAGCUGGCGGUCUGACAGUAUUGAAAUUUUCUCUGUCCAUUCUGAGAGAUGGCACGCUUGUUUCGCUAUUUCCAGGGAGAUCCAAUUGUGACAUCCUCUCCCACUGAAGUUCGUAUGUGGGUAGAAGAUUUGGAUUAUAAUUUUCUUUCAUACGGAGAAAUUUUUGAAAGUGCAGAAAUCAAUGGAGAGAGGUUACUAAACAUCACCAGGAAGCAGCUUAAUGAACUUGGCAUAGUCCGCACUGACCAUCAGGAUAUACUGCUAAAAGCAGUUGCUCGUAUUCAUCAAAAGGGUAAAGUUGAAGAGAAAGCUAUGUCAAGAGAAGACCAGAAUAUCAAAAAGAUGCCUACCAGAUUUGGAAAAGAAAGGGAACAACUUGAUCAUGCUAUUGAUCGUGUUCUUGCCACAAUAUCGGAAAGAAGACUGGCACGUAGUCUACAUGGCACUAAUGAACAGCCAACUCAUAGCGUUCUUACAGCUACCCUUGAACUGGUUAACACUGUCAACAUGAUAUUAAACAUUCUGGAAAGGCCACCAUUUGAUUGCAUGUCAGAAUUUUCCAGUCUGAAAAAUCAUCUCAUUAAACAUAUCACAUUACUGAAACAUUUCUCUGAACAGGCUGAUCUUAGCCAUGAAAAUGAGUCUGAUAUAAUAGACGUGUGCAAGAGUGUGGCUAAAAUGUGUCACUACAUAAUUUCUCUGCCACCUGAUCUUCCAAAACCUGAAAUACAAGUUCCAGGAUCUGUUCUCUGUGAAGAGAGACCAUCUAGGGUGCAAGUGUUGCUUGACAACUACAGAAGUGCUUCAAGAGGUGAAGGGGGAUCUUUGGCAGUACCUAUGAGAAAAAUUACUAGAUCUUCUGAGGUACCAGUUUGGAGAUCAGCAGAGCGACCUUCUUGGGGACCUGAAGGAGGACGACUUGUCAGAUUUGAAAGGGGUUAUGCUGUAAAUCCUGCUAGAGAUCUUUCGAUGAUGCCUGCACAAGGCCAUGCAAUGAUUCCUGCAAGGGGCCGUUCCAUGAGUCCUGCAAGAGGCUACUCCGAGAGAUGUGGUAGAGAACGUGCUCAGAGUCUUACAAGAGCAUACACUAAGAGACAAGCAAGGUCAAGAACCAUGAGUCCUUUCAGGUUGCAUGCUGUGAGUUCUGCACAGGAAACUACUCUGCAACCAGCACAAAGAUGUCCCGUGAGACGUGAAGAAGAAUUUCUUCUGGGAGCUGCAGUGGGACUUACUGUGAAACCAGCAGAAAGAUAUGAUGAAGAAACUUCUAAACUUACCAGACAAUCUACCCAGUCUGCUUCUGAUGAUGAUCCAAAUGAAAGUGGAUCCUCAAUCAUAAUGGAUUUUAUAAAUUGCUUCAUGAAGGCAAAGGCCCAAAACUGGAUCGAUUUGUCUUGGUUUAAAAGGCUCUUGCCCACAUUUUUCUCUGAGGAAAACCGUCGUUCUUCUUCUAAACCUCGAUUUUGUGCAAUAGCCUGUACUGAAAUGGGCCAUGGGAAAUGCGAGGGAUGGCUUUGGCAUAAGAGAGAAUCUAGAGGAAUCUCCUUUUUUAGUUGGAAAAAAUACUGGUUUAUUUUGAAACACUCAACUCUCUACUGGUUCUCACAUCUGAAUGACACCAAGGCUGAUGGUUUCAUUUACCUACCAGAAUUCCGAAUUGACUUAGCUCCACACUGCAGAAGAGAUCAUGCUUUCCAAGCCACCCAUGCAAGAAUCAAGGAUUUCUACUUUGCUGGUACAUGCUUGGAUGAGAUGAAUUAUUGGAUUUGUCAGAUGUUACAGCUAGCACUUGGUUCUUCCUUUGGAGAUGCAGCUGCUAAUGCAGAAUACAGACAUGUGAGUGCUAAGCUUUAUACAAAAUGUGUUACGGCCUUGAAGAGAAACUUCCCUGUGGUUUGGUGUAACUUCUGCCAAGAAGCAACUACCAUUGUUUCUGUGAAUCCAAACUUCCAAUACAGACGUGCUCAAAAUAUUUCUGAUGAAUUCAUUUAUUUCCGUCCUAUUAAUGCGGAAAUUCAGGAAAGGGCCAGAAAACAAAAAGAAGAGAAUACAACUUUGGCUGCCCAGCAACCCACCCGUGAAGGUAUCCAUCAGAGGGACUUGGGGCUUACGAAUGAGGAGGUGACAGUUACCACACCCCAACUAACUAAGGAGUUAGAAAGCAUUGCUCUUGUAAAACCAAAAACUUCAGGGCUUCUUCGCAUAGAGAAAGUACCAAUUAAGUCUCCAGGGUUCCCAGAAUUUGAACGCUUAGAUGUUACAGGAAUUGCCAGUCCAGAGGAAAGGGGGAAAGGCACCGCAAUACUUGUUGCCGGUGUGCCUGGAAAGGAGGAUCUAGAUGAUACAGAAAUUCCAACUUUGCAAUUCACUGGGUUUGUACACCUGGAGUCUUUAAUAAAUGAAUCUUCACCAUCCUCAGAAUACAGUCGCCCAGGAACCCCAAGAAAUUUAUGGAUGGAAUCUCCAGAAAAUGCAGAGUCCCCAGGAAGUGAUGAUAUGGAAGUAGCAAGAAGCAUGUAUCCUUUUAGAGAAAGAUCCAUCUUUCGGCGUUCCUGGGCAGAGCUCUUAGAGGCACCACUAAACAGUGAGGGGCUCCAUAUUCUCCAAACUAGUCCCAGGGAAGAAAACAGAAAUAUGGGUUACAACAAACUAACAUCAGAAGAAGAGAAUCAAGUAACCAUCCAUCCUGAAGACCAACGUUUCCAAGCUUUGCAAGGCCCUUUCCCCCUGUUGCCCGAGCGCCCUAAGCUCCAGCGGCAGCGCAGUCGGAGCUUACCAAGAUACAGUGAAGCCAGAGGCCAAUACUUAAAUGCACCGGAAUUCAAAUUAAAUGCAGAAGAAACUCACUUCUUCCCACAUGACCGUGGUUUACUGACAGAAGAAAACAUCAAGAGAAGAUACAACAUGGAGGGAGCUCAGCAAAGAGCAAUUCCAUCACAUUUUGGAGAAUAUCCUUCCAUCAGGCCAAGAUUUGAGAAUUCUGCAAUUCGAAGAAACAUUGGAAUUCCUGAGGAUAAUUAUGCGUGUCCCAGAGGCAAUGUUAGAAUUCCCAUGAAUAAUGUCAAUACUAUCCCCAUGGUUAAUGUUGGAGUGCCCAUGGAUAAUCCUCAAGCUCUUAGAGGCAAUGCUGGAGUUCCCAGGGGCAGUGAGUUUAGAGUUUACAUGGGUAAUAGUGGUAGAACUCCCGGACAUAUGGUAUCUUCUCCACUCACUGAGCUCUCAAAGAUAGGUGAACACCAGUUAUAAAAACUGAUAAUAUACAAUGCUGUCCAUUGAAGAAACAAACUAAGACACUUAACAUCAAAACAGACAUGUACAAACUUGACAACUCAAAAUACUAAAUAGGACAUCUAAAUUAUGAAUACACAAUACACAUAAUUAAAAAAUGUGUGAUAAUUAUUUAUUAGAUUAGAUAAAACCAGACUAUAGCUAUCUCGUUUAUCCUGUAUGCAGUCAUCAAUUGUAUAUGAUAUAAUCUAGUGUGUUGUAGAUGUGGACUUCUUCAUUGAACAAAAUAUCAUGUACUUUUCAAAUGACAAUUUUUCCUAGUAAUUUCAAGUCCUCUUGGAUACUUUGAUAGACAAAUGAAAAUGAUCUUAGAGGUAUUGUCAUUUAUUUUGAUGAGUCUAUCUUGAUGUCCAAGACAUUUAUUGAAUGAAAGCUAGAAUCCAGGAGAUUUAACAGAGGAUUCUUGAAUAUAGUACUUCUUUUGAAAUAUCUUAAAAAGACAUCUAGGGAAAAGUUCACUAAAAGUAUUUAAAUAUGUCAUUUGGGUUUUUUGACAUAUACACAGCAAAAUUGUAAAUAUUUAUGGAAGCCUUAACAAUACAAGGAGACAAAUAACUGUAGAACUGUAAAUAUCAUAUGUGGUUGUGAUGUUAAUAAUAUAAGACAAUAAUAACAGCACCACAGGAUGCCUAAAAUAUUGCAUGUUAAAACAAUAUUUUUGGUUUGAAGUUAAUUUUUUACCUUUCCCAGCCACUCUAUUGAUUUGCAUAAGAAGAUUCAGGAUAGAAGGUAAAAAUUCUUGAAAUCCUUUAUGAGAUGAAUGAAUAUGAUGCUCUUCCCAGAAAAAUAAAAAUAGCAUUUCGUUGGCCCAGAUGAUCAGCCCAGUAUUAAAAUUACUGAACCCUACUUAUAUAUAAAGUAUGGCUUUCUGGAGCAUAUAUUUCACAAAUGUUGUAAGAUAGAUAAAAUAUUACCAGAAGGUUAUGAGAUUAACUGACAAAUUACUUGGGAAAGUAAACUCAUUACUUUGUAUUCACACAUAAUAUAAAAUUUGUGCUGAGUUUUAGGGCACAUGGGCCACAAUUCAAUUUGUACAUUUAAAUUUUCAACUUUCCUGAAUAAUGGUUGCUGUUGUUUUUACAAAGCCAAAGGCAAUGUAAACAAUAGAAUACCACCUAACCCCUUAUUAUGUGCCUUAACACAUAGUGCAAGGGGUGGUAAUCUUUGGUAUGAAGGCAAACUCUUGCCUUUUUUUGAGAUUUCUUUGGCCUCUGAGGAAGGAGGUAAAGAGGCUGGCUAGCCUCCCUCUCUUCAGUCCCCAUGGUUCAGCAUGUGCUAUAUGAACCAGGGUUUUGACCUCAGAAAAUAGGAAAGGUAGUGAGAUUGUUUUCUCCUACUUCUUACCGACACAGAAGAUGGGAUACCAUUUCAGACUUGAGUAACCUGAUUUUUACAUAGUGUGGCAAAACCACAGAAAGAACAGAAAGAUACAGGCUACCAUACUUGAGUUACUACCACUACUUGACUGAAAAUAAAAAACCAAACUGACAGAUCACCUUGAUAACGGACAGCCUACUCUGUAUGCUCUCUUAUCACAUUGACUUUAGGAAACAGAUCUACUGCAUUCUAAUUUUCAAAGGAAACCACCUUGUGAGUGAAAAAAACUAAUAAGUACAAUAGAAACUGAGAAAUAACUUACCAAGAACUAAUGUAAACAAGUAGAAAGAAUGACAGUAAACAAAAUUUGGUUCAAUUGUAUAUAACACUAAUAUAUAAUUGAAGGCAGAAAACAGCAACUUCAUCAUCAACAAAACCCUGCUAUGUGAGUGUUAUUCCUCAUGAUCCAUAUAAUUCUGGAUAUUGUGUUUAGUGGCUUAAAAUUUAGAUAUAAAAAUAUAUGUAUAGUGGCCAGUUGCUUCUCUGUAAAUUUUUAAGAAAUUAAAUGGAACUAAGUAAAAAUCAAACAUGAAGAUGGUCUAAGAAGAUAUUCUCAAUCCUGUAAUAGAAGUUCUGUAUAGCCUUUGUUUUAUUUAUUCUUCUAAGUAUUGUUAGUAUUUAUUGAACUGAGCAAGGCAAAUGUUCAGUAGCACAUCAUUAUUUAUUUUCAAAGAUUAUGCCCUAUUGUCUUAGGGUUCUCCAUACCAAAUUAAUUCUCUAAGUCACUCAAUAGCAUCAUAAUUCUACAAAAGAGAGAGUAAAGAACAUAGGGUUUUUUCAUGAGAAAACUUCAUAACAAAAUUCAUGUAGCUGUCAGAAAAGCUUCACUAAUUACAUAUUAUAUUUCCAUCUAAUCAUUAUGUUUUCAACAUGUUUUAGAAGUAAAAAUCCAAAAUAUAGCAAAGUGCUUUUAACAUAUCAUAGGUUACAAAGUACAUGUGCCUUUUUCAGUAAUUAUUUCAAGAGCAGAGAGCCUCACUGAUAUGGAAGACAAUUUUAUGGAAAAUGAGAGGAACUCUAAGAAAACAAAAAUGAGAAUAAAACUAUAGCUUUAAAGUAAAUGAAAUUCUGCUUUAUUAUUUGAAAAGAAUAUUUUUUAUUUCUUUCUAUUUAGAAACUCAUUAUUUCAUUAGUUAAUAAAAUGAACCAAUAACCCUAGUACUGCCCUCAGAUACCCUAAUCCCCUGUAAGUGUCCCUCAGUGCAUCCUAACUCCACCACAUCCUCUACCUUUCUUAGCCCAAGUCCACUUCUCCAUAUCCUCCAUACCUCAUCCACACUUGAGCUAUUUCCUCACCCCUAUACUAUUUUGAGUAUCUUCGAUGCCUUCCUCCUCUCCCCAUCUAAUUCCACAAUGACAUUGUCCCCAUGUUCACUACACCCUAUUUAUCAUCAUGCUUUCCCGCAGCCUAUUCCCGAUUCAUUCCAACUCCCACCAUACCCUUACUCUCUCCUGUCUCAAGUCUCCUCCACCUUUGACCUUAAACUCCCCCCCCAGCACUAAUCAUAAAUUCUCCCCACAUUUUGACCUUCAGGAACCAGGACAUAAUAAAUAUUAAGGUAAAUACCAUGUAUUGAAUAAAGAUGUUUAAUUGAUACCUUUGUUGAUUUGUAAAAAAAAUAAAAUCCAAAAGUUGCAUUUUUUCCAUACUACAUUAAAGUAUCCAAAAUUGUAACAUCCAUAGUAAAACAGCUAGAUAGAAAUGAUGAUGUGAAAAUGUAGGGGCUAGAACACCAUGUACUCCCCGGACCAGAAUUCCUUGAUAUUUAAAAUAAGCUGGCUCAUGCUAGCCUUUGAAAGAUUAUGAAAGCAUAUACAGCAUAGGAUUUAAAUAUUUUUUUAGUUUUAAAUUUUAAGUUUUGCAUGACUUUGAAAGCACCAUUUUUUCUUUUUAUUAUAUUUAUUAUUUAUUAAAAAAUCAUCCUUUUUUAGGCUCUUUGAGAAAAAUAAAUGGACAUACAAUACCAAUUUCUUGAUCUAAAUUGUAAAGUAUGUUGAUGAAAAAUGAUAAGAUACGCACUUUGUGAAUUUACCUAGAGCAUAUUUUUGCUAUUAAAAUAAUAUUUUAAGAGUUUAUUUUUUAAAAUGACUCACCUUUAGUAGAUUUCAUUAUCUUAAGCAACUGAUAUUCACCUACAGACCAACUUCUUUAUUCUUAUACAUAUAUUAGAGUAAGAUAAAAAGAUCAUCUUCAAAAUAAAAUUCACCAUAAAAUGCAGUGACAUUUAUUAAUUCUAAAUUAUGAUAAAAUAUCAACAGUUAAUAUUACCCAGAUACUCAAUGUUUUUUGAACAUCACCAUGAUGAUAUCAGCUAAUUUUCCUAAUUUCUCAAUAAAUAUACCUAGUUAUUCAAAAUAAAUACACAUACAUUUGAAGGUUUUAAAGUUAUAAAAUAAUAAUUUCCAGAGUUCCUUUCUUAAACCCGAACAUUUUAGUAUGGGAUUCAAAACUAAGAAAACUUUCAUAAAGAAGUAGUAUCAAUUUGGAAACACCCACUAUUAUUAAAAUUCUGUAAAAAACAAAUCAGACCACCUCUACACAUUAUACCCCCCCAGCCUUUACACUCAUCAGACAUUCCAAGUGUUUCAGUUUGUUCUUAGUACAUUCAUUAUGUUUCAAGUUAGUGACUACAUAUUUUUCAUUUUCUACACCUAUCACCAGUGACUAGAGAACAAAUCUGUCUAAAAUCAGCAAAAGCUGGUAUGAUGCUCACAGCUUUAAUAUUUAUUGGGAAUAUAAAUUUCCACCUUUUGAAAGUAAAGGAAACAACUGGAUUUUAUUUUCAAAGUAAAGCAGGACAGUUAAGUACACUAGUAUGGUGAAACAUUGUCCAUUUUACACUGAUGCUGUAUUUGAUUUUGUGAAAUGUAUAGUGGCAUUAUUUGCUGGCCAUUAUUGACUUCUUUCUUGUUCACUAAAUAUUUAUUGUGAUAUGUUUAAACAAAGUACCAUUCAAGGUGAUAUCGUAAUAUAUAUGUGACGUGUGUGAAUUGGCCUGUAUUGUAUCUUUAAAUAAACUGUGGUGUAGAUUGAUGUGAUGUUUUUGUUUAUUCAGGGGUUGAAUUACUGCAGCACUAGAGUAUAGAACUCCCGGUGCUUAUUCUAUAAUAUUAUCUUGUAAAAUUAACAACAGGUAUUUUAAUAUCUCACUAAUUUAAAAUUCAAAUAAAAAAAUAUUACAAAGGGGUUGUAUCCAUUUAAAAACUAAAUUGCUAAAUCAAUCUUAUUUCUGUAGCAGAAUUUACCAAACACUUAUAAGGACUAUGUUCAAAACUAAAAACAAAAUGAAUUCUGCACCUGUUGAAGUAGCUGUUUCUUCUAUUACAUAGUCUUUUGUCCAAAUAUAGCGACAUGAUCUGGACACUUUCGUUUUUAGAUCUUCCUCUGUGUGUGAGACACAGAGAAUAUCUGUAAAGAAAUCUAUACAGCAGCAGAAGCAGCACUUUUAUUUAACCAUCGACAAUUUUUUUCUACCACAAUGUAUUUUUUUCUUAACUACACUGACAAGGUGAUUUUAUAUUUUAUUUCAACUCCAAUAUUACCUAAUCUGUACCUAUCAAAUAAACCUAACCUUAUCCCUGAGAGGUUGGUAAACAGGAAUAUGGAGAUUUCAAACAUUGACUUUAAUGUCUCAAUCAGUUGUGAACAGAAAAAAGAGAUCUCAUCCAUUUUAAACAUUAAAAAAAACUUGAUUUGUUCUAAAUAUUUUGCCUGUGUGAUUUAUGUACAAAAUUUCCUCAAAAUUCAUUUCAUCUUAAUGCAUAUAUAAACUCUUUUGUAAUGUGAGCUGCACAAACCUUAUUAACUAGACCACCAGAAGUGUUUGAUGUUACAGAAAUAAAAAUAUCAAUUCACCCCUUCUUACAUCUUGAAAACUAAAUUUCAACUCUUGGAUAAUGGUGUUUUGCCUCAGUAUUUUCAAUUUUGUAUUUGUAUCUUGUUGAGACUUGUACUCUAAAUUAUGUAAUCUAUAAGUGUCAGCUGUUUCUCUUUCUUCUCAAGUAAAUUGUGAUACUAAUUGUGAUUGAUGUCAUAUUCUUAUACUAUAUUUCUGCCAAUUACCUUGUUAAUAUUUUGUGUCUGGCAAAAUUUAUUGAUGGUUAAUGCCAUUGUGUUGUCCUCACUAUUUUCCAAUACAUAACAAUGAUGUGUAAGGUGCAUUGCAAAAAUGUUUAAAUUUGCUCUUUUUUCUAGUACGUGAAUCUGCUGGAAAAUAAAUAUUUGACACAAUAGUGAAAGUAAUAUAUUUCUUCCUGAAUUGAAAUUGUCUUUUGCUUUAAA